UGCUUGUUAGUGCGCAUGCGUAGGUUACGUUGUCAGGAGUGACGUGUCCCGGUGACAGCCUGGCAGGAAGUGGCCUGGUUCUGACUGAGGGGCAGAGAUGCUGAAGAAGUUCGAUAAAAAGGAUGAGGAGUCGGGGGGCAGCUCCAACCCUUUCCAGAACCUUGAAAAGAGUGCAGUGCUCCAGGAGGCUCGUCUGUUCAACGAGACUCCAAUUAACCCUCGAAAAUGUGCUCACAUCUUGACGAAGAUACUAUAUUUAAUAAACCAGGGUGAGCACAUGGGUGCCACAGAAGCAACAGAAGCUUUCUUUGCCAUGACCAAACUGUUCCAGUCAAACGAUCCCACACUUCGCAGAAUGUGUUACCUCACUAUAAAGGAGAUGUCAAGCAUUUCUGAGGAUGUAAUUAUUGUGACGAGUAGUUUAACCAAAGAUAUGACUGGGAAGGAUGACAGCUACAGAGGUCCAGCUGUGAGAGCACUCUGCAAAAUCACAGAUAGUACCAUGCUACAGGCCAUUGAACGUUACAUGAAACAGGCCAUAGUAGACAAAGUAUCCAGUGUGUCCAGCUCUGCCCUCGUCUCCUCAUUGCACCUACUGAAAACCAGUUUUGACGUAGUCAAACGUUGGGUAAAUGAGGCUCAAGAGGCAGCUUCCAGUGAUAAUAUAAUGGUUCAGUAUCAUGCUCUGGGCCUGCUGUACCACGUGCGAAAAAAUGACCGGCUGUCUGUUAACAAGAUGCUGAGCAAAUUUAUGCGUCAUGGUCUGAAGUCCCCAUUUGCCUAUUGCAUGAUGAUUCGUGUGGCUAGCAAGCUGUUGGAUGAAGAGGAUGGGAGUCGGGACAGUCCUUUGUUUGAUUUUAUUGAGAGCUGUCUGAGAAACAAGCAUGAAAUGGUUGUCUAUGAAGCUGCUUCAGCUAUUGUGAACCUACCUUCCUGCACUGCCAAAGAGCUUGCUCCCGCUGUGUCUGUGUUGCAGCUGUUCUGCAGUUCCCCAAAAGCUGCCCUUCGAUAUGCUGCUGUCCGUACUCUUAAUAAGGUGGCCAUGAAACACCCAUCAGCAGUAACUGCCUGCAACCUGGACUUAGAGAACCUGGUGACUGACUCUAACCGCAGCAUAGCUACACUAGCCAUCACUACCCUGCUGAAAACUGGCAGCGAGAGCAGCAUCGACCGACUCAUGAAACAGAUUUCAUCCUUCAUGUCAGAAAUUUCUGAUGAGUUCAAGGUGGUAGUGGUUCAAGCAAUUAAUGCUCUCUGUCACAAGUAUCCACGCAAGCAUUCUGUCAUGAUGAAUUUCCUGUUCACUAUGCUGAGAGAAGAGGGAGGAUUCGACUAUAAGCGAGCAAUUGUUGACUGUAUAAUCAGCAUCAUUGAAGAGAACCCUGAAAGCAAGGAGACAGGGCUGUCACACCUUUGUGAAUUUAUUGAGGACUGUGAGUUUACAGUUCUGGCCACUCGUAUCCUUCACCUUCUGGGACAGGAAGGCCCAAGAACCAACAAUCCAUCGAAAUAUAUUCGCUUUAUCUACAACCGAGUUAUACUGGAAAAUGAAGAAGUUCGAGCAGGAGCUGUCAGUGCUUUGGCCAAAUUUGGAGCCCAGAAUGAAGAUAUGUUGCCCAGCAUAUUGGUACUAUUAAGGAGGUGUGUGAUGGAUGAUGAUAAUGAAGUGAGAGAUCGAGCCACCUUCUAUCUAAGCAUUCUAGAGCACAGGCAGAAAGCUCUCAAUUCUACAUACAUCCUUAACGGUUUGACUGUAUCAGUGCCUGGGCUGGAGAGAGCUUUGCAGCAGUACACUUUGGAGCCUUCUGAGAAACCAUUCGACCUAAAAUCCGUACCUUUGGCUACUGCACCCCUGGCAGAACAAAGAGCAGAUAAUGUGCCUGCCGCAACAGUCAGGCAGCCGGAAAAAUUGGUAUCCAGCAGACAAGAGAUAUUCCAAGAACAACUUGCUGCCGUUCCAGAGUUUAAAGAGCUUGGGCCUUUGUUCAAGUCAUCUGCAGAGCCUGUGGCCCUAACUGAAUCUGAGACAGAAUAUGUAAUCCGUUGUACUAAGCACACUUUUGUUAAUCACAUGGUGUUCCAGUUUGAUUGCACCAAUACCCUGAAUGAUCAGAUACUGGAGAAUGUCACAGUACAGAUGGAGCCUACAGAGGGAUAUGAAGUUAUUUGCUGUGUACCUGCUAAAACCCUAUCAUACAACCAGCCUGGCAUAUGCUAUACCUUGGUAUCUGUUCCUGAGGAGGAUCCAAAUACAUUGGCGUGUACAUUCAGUUGCUUGCUGAAAUUCACAGUAAAGGAUUGUGACCCCAACACGGGUGAGGCUGAUGAUGAAGGCUAUGAGGAUGAAUAUGUGCUAGAAGACAUCGAGGUGACAGUUGCCGAUCACAUACAGAAAAUCCUGAAGCCCAACUUUGGUGCAGCGUGGGAUGAGGUGGGGGAUGAGUUUGAUAAAGAAGAAACUUUUAACUUAUCCACCAUCAAAACACUAGAAGAGGCUGUUGGUAAUGUUGUGAAGUUCCUGGGAAUGCAGCCCUGUGAGAGAUCAGAUAAAGUGCCAGAAAACAAGAAUGCACAUACUCUCUACCUAGCAGGUGUGUUUCGCGGAGGGCACGACAUCUUGGUACGGGCCAAACUGGUGCUCACAGACACUGUUACAAUGCAAGUUACUGCCCGCAGCAAAGAUGAGUUUCCAGUCGACGUCAUCAUGGCCUCCGUGGGCUAAACUUGAUUUUUAACUUGUACACUACAGUCUGUAAAGGGAUUUAUACAUUUUUUUUAGGUCUGACCGUAAAUUGCCCAAUAGCAGCCAGAGGGUGCCUUGAACGCAUGGAAACAUCUGGGCAGCGUGCUUGGUGCAACUGCUGGAAUAGUUAUGUCCGAUUUUGUUCUAUCUAUUCUUUUUGUUUUGCUACGGAAUUGUGCAGUAAUCAUUUAAAUGUAAAACCAUUGAGAGCCAAUUCUAUUCCCCAUUAUUAUUAUCAGAAGGGGAAAAAAAAUAAACUUU